GUGGGAGGAGGGAGAGUCCAAGGGUCAUCUGGAGACUCUCGGAAGGGGGCCAUUGGAAGGUGUCAAUGUGCUUCUCACGUGCUUCCCAUCACAUUAAGAGGAGCGGAUCCAAAGAAGGCAGUUCCUCCAACCCCUCCUCAUCAACAUUCAUGGGACAGAGGUGGAAAUUAUUAUGCCUCAGUGUGAACAGUUCUCUAGGCAACAGACAGGGAGGCAGCUCCAAUCUGCCCCUAGGGCCCCUCAUUCAGUUUUUCAGUUAACCUCAGGGGCCCUGCGAUGGCUUAUGCUAGAGAUGCAGACCUGAGAGCCUGAGAAAUGGCUAGGAGCAUCCAGAGAGUUCUGUUCAAAGGGAUGUCUAGAUUUAAAUCUGCAUUUCCACUAGUGCUUAAAGAUGGUUUUUAAACUGAAAUAUGAAUGGGGAGGAGGUAAGGAAAGGUGGGGUGGCAAGAGAUGUUAAUAUUUACACAAAAAAAUUUAGAGCAGAAAACGUACUAUAUUUCAUUCAAGGAUACUCCUUCCAAUUGGAUGGAUUUUUUUUCCUAAUCAAUUUUGGGGCAAAUAAUCUUUCACAGUUUUGUUCCUCUCUCAUCCCUUUUCCCUUGGUGUCUCUCUCACUCCUGAUGGGUGGGGUGAGAUAAGGCAGUCCUGUUAAUUACACAGGGCCCACCUGGCCUUUGGGCUUAAUCUGGCAUCCACAGCUGGUGGCCAUGAUCACUUCCCUAGUGAUGAGAACCAAACAUGCUACUCCUUCUCCAUGUAACCCCAGGUCUUGCUUAGUCCCUAGGCCCUUUGUGUCCCCACCAGGGUCCCUGAGGACAUCUGGAUCUCCUGAGCAAUGAGAUGUUUUAAAAUACCUCAUGAGCAGUGAGAUAUUUUACCUGAUGUUGCUUGUUGAUCUGGGAACCCUAGGAGGCCCCAUCUUCUCAAGUAACUACUUUUUUCUGUUUUCUUUUAUCACCCUACCUGGGGUCACUGUUACCUUGCUCCAAGCCAGGCCAAGCUGUCUUGAUCCCAGUCUAGUUCUUUCUAAAUUGCUCCCAGCACCACCCUAACUCUGGAAGUUCUUUUUCCCUCCUGUGUGGUUGGGAAUUUCCCUAACCUUCCAUCUUGCAUCACCCUCGCAUUGUGCUUCACUCUCUGGACAUCUCUCCAGGCUUUGGCUCUUGAACUCAAGCCGCAGGGGGUCAAGGCCGAGGCAGAGUGUCCAGGCAUGCUGGAGUCUGCCGAGCAGCUGCUGGUGGAGGACCUGUACAACCGCGUCAGGGAAAAGACGGAUGACACCAGCCUGUACAACACGCCCUGCAUCCUGGACCUACAGCGGGCCUUGGCCCAGGACCGCCAAGAGGCUCCCUGGAAUGAGGUGGAUGAGGUCUGGCCCAACGUCUUUAUAGCAGAGAAGAGCGUGGCUGUGAACAAGGGGAGGCUGAAGAGGCUGGGAAUUACCCACAUCCUGAAUGCUGCUCAUGGCACCGGCGUCUACACUGGGCCUGAAUUCUACACUGGCCUGGAGAUCCAGUACCUGGGUGUGGAGGUCGAUGACUUCCCUGAGGUGAACAUCUCCCAGCAUUUCCGGAAGGCAGCCGAGUUCCUGGAUGAAGCCCUGCUGACCUAUAGAGGGAAAGUCCUGGUCAGCAGUGAAAUGGGCAUCAGCCGCUCGGCAGUGCUGGUGGUCGCCUACCUGAUGAUCUUCCACAACAUGGCCAUCCUGGAGGCCUUGAUGACCUUGCGCAAGAAGCGGGCCAUCUACCCCAACGACGGCUUCCUGAAGCAGCUCCGGGAGCUCAACGAGAAGCUGAUGGAGGAGAGAGAAGAGGACUUCGGCAGGGAGGGGGGAGAAGAGGAGGCGGAGGAGGGCGAGGACGCAGGGAGCACGGUUGGGGCCAGAGUGCAUGCCCUCACCGUGGAAGAGGAGGAUGACGCCACCAGUCACCUGAGUAGCUCCUCCCUGGGGAAGGCCAGCCGAGCCUCCAAGCCCCUCACCCUCAUCGAUGAAGAAGAGGAGGAGAAACUCUAUGAGGCGUGGAAGAAGGGGCAGGGUCUCCCCACAGGCAAGGUCCCCCAGGGCGGGGACGACAGGGGCUCAGCCUCCUCCGGCCAGGGUGAGGAGGAGCCCGAGGAUGAGGAUGUGGAGCGAAUCAUCCGGGAGUGGCAGAGCCGAAAUGAGAGGUACCAGGCAGAGGGGCACCGGAAGUGGGAUAGGGAGGAGGAAGAGGAGGAGGAGGGUGACGACGGCUCCUUUGUGAGGAGGAGACGGAGGCACACGAUGAGUGAGAGCAGCACCUCCGAGAGUGUGAGCAGCCAGGACAUCCGGGUCCUGAAGCAGCAGCUGGAGAUGAGCAGCCAGAACCGAGGUGGGAGACGCCGCUCUGACUCGGUGUCCACGGAGAGCACCUGGGACAUGUGGAACCAGAGGCUACUGGAGAUUGAGAAGGAGGCUUCGCGGAAGUACCACUCCAGGAGCAAGAGAGAGGAAGUAGAUGGCAGCUCGGAGGUGGGGAACGGGGUGCGGGAGGAUGACGAGGAGAGUGUGUACUCUGAGGCCAGCUCCUUCUAUAACUUCUGCAACAGGAACAAGGACAAACUCACUGCCCUGGAAAGGUGGAAGAUCAAGAGAAUCCAAUUUGGAUUUCACAAGAAAGACUCGGAGGCAGGAGACGGCAGCAGUGAGCAACGUGCAGAGGAGGCCAAGGGGGAGAAGAAGAACCUCUCUGACGUCAACCUAUCUGCCUACCAGGCCUGGAAGCUGAAGCACCAGAAGGUGGGCAGUGAGAACAAGGAGGAGGUGGUGGAGCUCAGCAAGGGAGAAGACUCGGCCUUGGCCAAGAAGAGGCAACGGAGGCUGGAGCUGCUGGAGAGGAGCAGGCAGACGCUGGAGGAGAGCCAGUCCAUGGGAAGCUGGGAGGCAGAUAGCUCGGCUGCCAGCGGGAGCAUUCCCCUGUGUGCAUUCUGGUCCGCAGCCCCCUCAGUCAGUGCUGGUGGGGACACAAUGUCGGUGCUCAGUGCCCAAAGCCACAGCUCCCAUCCCUCUCAGGCCCUAAGCAAUGUAGGGGGAUGCUUGGCCUCCGCCCCCACCACACCUCUACCUAACCUGCCAGUGGGGCCCGGAGACACCAUUUCCAUUGCCAGCAUUCAGAACUGGAUUGUCAACGUAGUCAGCGAAACUCUCACCCAGAAGCAAAAUGAAGGGCUGCUGUUGUCCCGCUCACCCUCUGUUGCAAGCAUGAAGGUGGCACCAGCAGCCAGCUGCCUGGGGGAUGACCAAGUCUCCAUGCUUAGUGGCCAGAGCGACUCCUCCCUGGGCGGCUGCCUGCUCCCUCAAAGCCAGGCAAGACCCAGCUCCGACACACUGUCCAUGCUGUCCACACACGUCACUCGGAGCUCAAGAGCUGAAGAUACUGGGAGCAAAGUCAGGGGGACCAGCAAGCCUAUCUGUAGCCUCUUUGCUGACAGUGUUGACCUAAAGGAGCUUGGCCGGAAGGAGAAGGAGAUGCGAACAGAGCUGAGGGAGAAGAUGUCUGAGUACAAAAUGGAGAAGCUGGCCUCCGACAACAAACGCAGCUCCCUCUUCAAGAAGAAGAAGGUCAGGGAAGAUGAGGAUGAUGACGUGGGUAAUAGAGAUGAGGACGCUGACAGUGCCAUAGGGAGCUUCCGGUAUUCUUCCCGCAGUAAUUCCCAGAAACCCGAAACAGACACCUCCUCCUCCCUGGCUGUCUCUGAUAGUUAUGGAAGUGGCAGCAGAGCUGGCAAAGAGAUGGAUAGCAGUAUUAAUAAGUGGCUCAGUGGCCUCAGGACAGAGGAAAAGUCUCCUCCCCAAAGUGAUUGGUCUGGAAGCUCCAGGGGGAAGUACACCAGAUCUUCCCUGCUCUGGGAGACGGAGUCUAAGUCCUCCACUUACAAGUUCUCCAAAUCCCGGUCAGAGGAGCAGGACACUUCCUCCUACCAUGAGGCCAAUGGCAACUCCGUAAGAAGCACUUCACGGUUCUCUGCUUCCUCCACCAGGGAGGGCAGAGAGAUGCACACGUUCUCCAGGUCCAUGUUCAGUGAGACCUCAAGCUCCCGAGAGGGAAGCCCAGAGCCCUACUUUUUCCGCCGGACCCCUGAGCCCUCUGAAGGGAAAGAGUCCCCAGAACCACAGCGUCCGAAUUGGGCCAGACCCAGGGACUCGGAAGAUGUGGAAGAGUCAUCCAAGUCAGAUUUUUCUGAAUUUGGAGCCAAGAGGAAAUUCACCCAGAGCUUCAUGAGGUCUGAAGAGGAGGGAGAGAAGGAGAGGACGGAAAAGAGAGAGGAAGGGAGGUUUGCUUCAGGGCGGCGGUCCCAGUAUCGGAGAAGCACUGACAGGGAGGAGGAGGAAGAAAUGGACGAUGAAGCCAUCAUUGCUGCCUGGAGACGCCGGCAAGAAGAAACCAGGACUAAGCUGCAGAGAAGGAGGGAGGAUUAAGCUGGGCAAAGUGGAUCUGGGAGAGACUGAGAACACAGGGAGAGGCCAUACGGCUUAGCACAGGGCUCAGGGCAUACAUUGCCACAGCCCAUCAAGGGACAAGGUUGUGGAGAGGAUCAUAUGGAGGGGCAGAAGUGAAAUGAGAGGUACCAGGCAGAAGGGCACUGGAUGUGGUGUAGGGAAGAAGUAGAGAAGGAGGAGAAGAGCCAUAAAUGUAAGGUCCAAAUGAGGGACAAGCUGACACCAUUUCUGUUGCCCAAUGUCCUCUAAGCUUUGGUGCUUCACUUAUGUAUUUGAUUUUGUUCAUCACAGACUAGAAAGAUGAGCUUGCAAAGGCACUAUAGUUUGUUGGAGACUCCAGCUUACAUCCAGGAAGGCUGUGAAUACACGACAUGGUUCUAUAUGUAGAGGUUUUAUUAUGAGGCCCAGGAAAUCUAUCCUGUGGCAAGUCUCACCUCUCCCAGCAAUGCUGAGUUCUGGUUGUUUCUUUUGAAUGUUUUGGAUCUCCAUUAAAUUGAUAUGUUGUCAAAUA